AUGUCUACAACGCCUAAUAGUUAUAACAAUAAUAUAAUGAAAAUAAUAGAGAUAUCAUUAACUAUAUUAUCGGUGAUAUUGGCUGUCAUUUGUGUCCCAAAACCAAUUCAAUAUAAUAACGGCGAAUAUGAAGGUCUUGUGGUCACUAUUCAUCCCGAUAUCACAGAAAGCGAUCAAUUGGUCGCUAAUCUUAAAGAAUUGCUAAUAAAAUCGUCGACUUUUCUCUACGGGGCGACUGAAAGCAGGGCUCAGUUUAAAGACAUAGCAGUUAUUCUUCCGGAGUUGUGGACUCAGAAAUCUGAAUACCAAGCGAUCCCGGACUCGCAUUGGGACGACGGCCACAUCCGGAUCUCACCAUCGACUCACACCCUAAAUGACAAACCGUUCACUUUUCAACCGAGAGGUUGCGGACAAUCGGGUGAAUACAUCCAAUUGACCGAUAGCUUCGUUGAAAAACUUAAUCAAAACACUUUUGAUUAUCCGGAGAAACUAUUGGUGAAUGAGUGGUCACACUAUAGGUAUGGUGUGUUUGAUGAGUUCGGAAGUGCCGGUGAUUAUAGAUAUCCAACAUUUUAUAUGACUAACGGAACGAUAUAUCCCACUUUCUGUGUUUCUGGUAUCAAAGGCAAUGCUGAGGAUAUGAAUGGCAAUACAUGUAAGAUAUACAGCACGGGUCGAGUCGACCACAAUUGCAAAUUCAUUGCCGAUAAAUCAGACAACAGUCCCAUCGCUUCCAUCAUGUCUUUGCCUCACUUUCAAUCCACUGAAAAGUAUUGCGAAAACAAUACAAUUGACCCAAAAGUAAAUCACAACUCCUUUGCGCCGAACGAACACAAUAUUCAAUGCUCUUAUCGUAGUGUAAAAGAUGUGAUCGAUAGUCACCACGACUUCACACAAUCAAAUACCAAUGUUUAUACGGAACCCAAUAUAACAGUAUAUCAAAUUGAACCGCCAAAAGAACAUAACCAAGAUGGUACAUUUAUUUUAGCACUCGAUAUGUCGGGAAGUAUGGAUUCCUUUUGGGCAGAUGGCAUGCAAUUAGGAAUUACUGCUUUCGCGUCCAAUUCUUUAGAUAUACAUCCAAUCGUUCCGAUCGACAACGAUAGCCGAAAAAAUCUGUCCGACACAAUACCUCCGCAGCUAUGGGGCGGAACAAACAUACCUCGAGGUUUGAGAUCAGCUCUGGAGAUGCUUCGAGCGCAUGGAUUGGAUGGUCGGGGCGUCACUAUUAUAUUGAUCACUGAUGGCGAGAAUAAUGAAGAUCAUCACGAGUUUAGUUCAUUGGAAUUGGAAAUUCUUAAUGCGGGCGUUAGAGUGGAUACCAUUGCCAUCGGGUAUAAUGUGGAACAGAAACUCAACGAUAUAACUACUCAAUCGGGAGGAAUGAUAUAUCAUGUGAAUGAAGGCGAUGACAGUGCUAUCAACACAUAUUUCACUGAUAUAAUCACACAACAGCCAGACAUUGAGGAUCAAUCUGUGCUAAUAUUGAAUAGAGAAAUAAUUACAAUCGGAGACACGACUGUUACGAAACCAGUUUUUAUAGACCAAGAAUUGGGUAAAAACACUAAAUUCGUGGUCCAUUCCGACAAUAUUCCAGACAUUAAUAUCAUAUUAAUAUCACCAAUUGGAGAGAUAUAUAAUGACACCAAUUAUAAAAUUAUAAAUAAUAAACAAUUCAUCGAGUUAUUGAUCACCGAUUCAGAAGUGGGCGAAUGGAAACUGGAAUUUAGUCAAAGCACUCCCGGCUGGCCAUUAGGGAACAUAACGGCAGAGUUGUCGGUCACGAGUGAACCCAAAGAUCGGAAACAACAACCAAUUAGAGUGAAUGCAUUUUUUGGCCAUUUAGACGUUACAUACCCUUCGAGUGCUUUAAUUUACGUCCAAUUAAUGAAAGCAUACAACCCUGUGAUUGACGCUAAAGUGGUGGCCGUUAUUGGGCUUCCCGGCGAUCAAACCAUUGAGCUUGAUCUCUACGACGACGGCGCCGGAUAUGAUAUCAGAGCCAAUGAUGGCGUCUAUACCACGGCUUUCACGCAAUUCAAUCUAAACGAUAGAUAUUCGGUGUCCGUGAAGAUCACUGACAUUCCGUCCGUAACGAGACUCAUAACAUAUGGAACCACUUUACCGGUGGCCACAGGAUUGUCACUUAAAAGACAAGCGCCAAAUAUGCCAAUAAUCCUUCCAGGAAUAGCACCUAAAAUAUCUAAGAGUGAGUUUCAGAUCAACGAUUUCAUCGCAACGGAUGGCACAGAACCCGAAGAGACCAUUAUAUCGAUACCACUAAACGGAUCGUUCACUCGUGCGGCAGAAAUGGGCGCUUUUCUUGUCGAUAACUUUAAUCUCGGCUCCGAUGGUAUGAGUCCCGGAAGAGUCACUGAUUUACAGGUGAUUGCCUCUGAGGACAAUCGUACGGUUGAGCUCCAGUGGACGGCACCGGGAGAUGACUCGUACACAGCAACAAAAAUAGAUUUGCGGACAUCUCUGAGACCCGAAACUCUUUACAGACAAGAAUUGUUUGACUUAAAUGUGGUAAUCGAUGAUCAGAUGUUAGACACGGGAAGUCUCGCACCUCCAGAGGGACAUACGAUAAUGAAAGUCAAAUUUCAGAUUCCGUCCGCACUCUUGAUGUCCGCCAAUACACCGAAAGUUACCGUUUAUUUCGGUUUACGAGCCGUCGAUGACAACACCAAUUGGGGAGAAGUCUCUAACAUUGCAUUCAUUAGCGUUGAACCACUACCUGAUCCCAUACCGAGCACUACUACUUCCAUUCCUCCGAAUACAACAACACCUCCUUCUAGUGGUAGUUCUUGUGGUAACACUUCCUGCGGCGAUAAGACAGUGAUAGAGACGAGACAUACAGUGGUUGUGCUCCAGAAGAUUGUUCGCAUGGAAACUAAUCUCAAGAAUCAAACAGCGGUUCAAAUACCCAAAGAGUUGGGAUUGAAUACCACUUUUACGGUCACAAGCGAUGGCAUCACUCUAUUGAAUGUGACUCUCGAGUCACCGAAUGGAACCGUUUAUGGGAUGACAAGCGAUUGGGCGGUCAGUAAGCCGUCGGAAUCAAGCGCUGGGUUUCGUAUACCAGUGGCCGACGCAGGCCAAUGGAGUGUUGGACUCGAGAAGACCCGAUCGGAUGCAGUGGUGGCCGACGUGUCGGUGACCAGCGAUGAGAGAGUUGGCCAGUCGUACGAGUGAUGGUUCCCACGGACUGACCAUUCAUUGCUUACAUUAUAUAAAAUAUUAACAUUUUAUUAAAUUUACAUUUUAUGGCACUUUUAAUGCUUUUUUAAUGCAAUUUUAAUUAAUUACUUACAUAUUACUAAUUAAUU